CCUGCUCCACAUCUCUGCACAGCUUGGAAAACAACAACUUGUGAGGAACUGUCACUGAAGGAGAAUGGUAAUCGCCAACCGGGUCAGGUCUGCUCUGGGGUCGGUGAUUCACCCUGACCAAACCUGUGCUGUGCCGGGCAGGAAGAUCGCUGAGAGUCUCGCACUCCUCAGGGAUACGAUCGCCUAUGUGCAGGACAGAGGGUUGGACGCCUGCCUGAUCAGCCUGGACCAGGAGAAAGCCUUUGACAGGAUAUCACACAGGUACAUGAGAGAUGUUCUCUCCAAAAUGGGCUUUGGGGAGGGACUCUGCAAUUGGAUCAGACUGCUCUACACCAACAUCGUCAGUGCAGUCUCAAUCAAUGGAUGGGAAUCAGAUAGCUUCCCAGUCAGAUCUGGAGUCAGGCAGGGCUGCCCUCUCUCUCCUGCCUUGUUUGUGUGCUGCAUAGAGCCAUUUGCCGAGUCCAUCAGGAAGGAUGCGAGCCUGAGAGGGUGACUAUUCCUGGCAGCGAGGGCCUGCAGGUUAAGGCCUCCCUGUACAUGGAUGACGUCGCCGUUUUCUGCUCAGAUCCGCUGUCCGUGCGCAGACUCAUGUGCAUUUGUGACCAGUUCGAACGGGCCUCGGGGGCCAAGGUAAACCGAGGCAAGAACGAGGCCAUGCUCUUCGGGAACUGGGCCGACCAAUCCUCGAUCCCCUUCACCGUCAGGACCGACCACCUGAAGGUGCUGGGUAUUUGGUUCGGGGGGGCUGGGGCAUGCGCCAAGUCUUGGGAGGAGCGUAUCAGUAAAGUGAGGCAGAAACUGGGUAGAUGGAAGCUACGGUCGCUCUCCAUCACGGGAAAAAACCUGGUCAUCAGGUGUGAGGCACUGUCAUUGCUGUUGUACGUGUCACAGGUCUGGCCUAUUCCCAGAACCUGUGCCGCUGCAGUCACCCGGGCCACCUUCCAGUUUAUAUGGAGAUCAAAAAUGGACCCGGUCCGAAGGGACUCACUAUACAAAGAUCUGGGCAACGGGGGAAAAAAUACACCCAAUGCCACCCUCACCCUGAUGGCCACCUUUGUGUGUGGCUGCAUCAAGCUGUGCCAGGAUCCCCGAUACGCAAACACCAAGUGUCACUACGUACUGAGGUUCUACCUGUCCCCAGUGUUGCGAAGGAUGGGCCUGGCCUCGCUGCCGCGGAACGCUCCGAGUAGUUGGACCAUUCCGUAUCACCUGUCCUUCGUGGAGAAAUUUUUGAAGAAAAACACCUUUGACCACAAGUCCAUCAGGAAGUGGUCAGCACGUAGCGUCCUUGAGACCCUUCGGGAAAAGGAGAGUGCAGAUCCUGUCGAGUGGUUCCCUGAGCAGACUGUCAAAGCAAUUUGGCAGAAUGCCUCAUCGCCAGAACGUUCCAACAAGCACCAAAACAUGGCUUGGCUGGUGGUGAGAAGGGCUCUGCCUGUGAGAUCAUUUAUGCACGCCCAGACUCUCAGCCGCACCACACGCUGCCCUCGAAGCGGCUGCGGGGGGGACGAGACUGUCACACACCUCCUUCUGGAAUGUGCCUAUGCAGAGGAAGUCUGGAGAGGAAUGCAAUGGUGUUUGUCGAGGUUCGUCCCGAGCAGCGCCAUGACGCGGGACUCCGUGCUCUACGGCCUGUUCCCCCGGACGCACACCGAGACGAACAUCAACUGUGCCUGGAGGAUCAUCAACUUGGUGAAGGACGCUCUCUGGGCGGUCCGAAACCUGUUGAUCUUCCAGCUGAAGGAGUUGACCCCGACUGAGUGUUGCAGACUGGCACAUUCCAAGGUCCAGGACUACGUGUUGAGGGACGCACUGAAGCUUGGGGCAGCUGCCGCCAAGGCGCGGUGGGGAAAGACCACCGUUUAACAUCUGCCUGUCUAAAGAAGAUCAGGGGGCCCAUGCAGUCAUUUGGGCUCUGCUGACGCCUCAGCUCAAUAUAUGGGCGUAUGAGCGAGAAAUGCACAGACCUGUAUGUAAUAAUGAUAAUUCUGAGCUGUGUAUGUAAAUGUGGAAAUAUGCAUGGCAUUAUCUAAUGUA